AUGUCGCGGCAUCGUCCGGCUUCGGAGCCCCGACACCGGUCCCGUCGGCGGUCCUCGGAGCGGGGCAUUCCCGGCGCCGAGAAAUUCCAAUCACGGCCUUAUCUUCUUGAGUGGAACGGGCAAAACUGUCGACAAAAAGGUAUUCUCGAUGCAGAGGACUUGAGGGAAGAGAUGGCGACGGCGGAACGGCCGGGGUGGCGGAGGAUGGUGGUUAUGAGGGGCGAGUGUGAUUUGGGUGUUGUGUUGGAGAUGGAGAUGGAGAAGAGUGGAAGGGGGUGGACGUGGGAGUUUGCUGAGACGGAGAAAAGAAGACGAAGGGGUGGAAGAGAUGAUGAAGAUGAUGAUGGGGGAAUGGAUGAUGAUGAAGGCAUUCGCAUCUGUCGCGCCUCGCUCACGAUCAAGAAUCGGCUGCCUAUCCUUUUACUCGACGGCCUUCCCCUACGAAUACCCCCACGUCCUUCAAGACCUUCUCAAUAUACUAGGCCACCAAGCACGACACGUCCAGAAUCCAUAUCACAGGGAAAGCGUCCACCACAGAGAUCCGAACUCGAAGAUGCACUCUGGCAAGCCCUCGUCGACACGCGGGGUUUGGAAGAUCUCGUAGCAGAGAUUGUAUACGACUCUUGGCUUGAGAAACUCGACUCUUUGCCGCCUUUGGGAUCCGAUACUGUGGAUGUUCAGUGGACGAUUGCUCGAGCCCUCGAGACCAAUGCAGACGCCACAAGGGCUAUGGAGCGUCGAGGAGAGUUUAGUACUGUCACGUCUGCAGAUUGGACAUAUCUCUCUGAACGUCUUCAAAGACGGAUUCAACUCUCUGCAACUAUUGCUUUGAGCAUACAAUCUCAGGAAGUACAUGACGAGCCCAAGGAUACAAACUCACGGAGUCUCGACCGCAUCGCAUACCUAGGAGGUCUUCUCCUCCCUUUGACUGUUGUUUCGGGAAUUCUCUCCAUCGAAGGAACAUAUGGUCCUGAAGGAUCUGCAUUCUGGGUGUUUUGGCUUGCAUCUGGGUUAUCUUCUAUCGUUGCGUUGCUCGUCAUCUACGCAGAUCAUCUUCGAACACUCGAUGUAUGGAUGGAAGUCGCAGCAGGAGAAGUCCUUGAAGGCUUAGAUUUAGACCACCAUCACAGCGAGAACCGCUUCCAGGCCAAUCGAUACACGAGUUAUAGUCGUCAACCACGUCGACGACAGUAUCGCACUAGCGGCGGAGAUCCAGAGCGCGGAGAGGCGAGAUUAACGACUGCUUCUGAUGGAGGCGUAUAUGUCGUACAGCAUCGCGGUGAUGGAACGAGGAUGGAUGGUAUCGUUGGAGGGGAGCUCAGGGGAUCGAGUUUCGGAUGCCGGGGUGGGAGGAGAAGGUGA